AUGGCCACCUCAUCGCACAACUCACCACCUCUCAGCUCCGCCUCAUCCGAUACGGUUGUAGAAGACCUACGUAAGCCGACCCGUCGUGGCCGUCGUUCGUUCUCAACCUCGGCGACCUCGUCAUCAUGGAACGCCUCGCGUCAAGCGGUUCUUAACGUGUUGCAUCUGAUCAGCCCUUGGACUUGGUUCAACGCAUUCCUCAAUCUGUUUUAUGCACUUUGUAAUGUCGGGUAUCAAAUUUAUCAGGCUGGUGUGGAUCUUCUCUUUACUGCACCUGUGAGUACAUACUACUACUGCCCGUGCAGCUCCGAUUUGGGAUCUCGGAGCCCUCGCACGAACCCGUCGAUAGACUCGGGAGCCCGAACCGACGCGGCAGCAGUCGGAACGAAUGGUCGCUGCAACAUGUCAGCGAAGAAUCCUAAACUGAUUCCUGCACCUGUUUUUCCAACCCCCCAGUACCGCCCUCUUCCCGAUGGAGUCGAGCCGUUCGGCCGAGUUGCGAUCAUCGGCGCUGGACUGAGCGGAAUUUCCUCGGCGGCCCAUAUCGUAGCGCAUGGUUUCGACGUCGUCAUUUACGAAGCCGAUGAUGUGAGUCGAAUCUCGAUGGAAAUGGGAAGCUUAUGAGUGCCUCUCCCCGGAGUGCAUGGAUGCUGACCGCAAAUUUGUUCACCUUUGCUCCAGAAAAUCGGUGGCAUCUGGGCCAAUGUCAAUUCAACCUCGUCGCUGCAACUCAAUUCACUCCUGUACCGGUUCCACCCUUCCAUUCGUUGGUCAUGUGGUUUCCCUCAACAGCCCGAGAUCGUGUCCAAGAUUCAAACCGUGUUUGAGAGAUACCACCUUGGUUCCCGAACCAGGCUCUCGACCCGUGUUACCAAGAUCGUUCGAGACGAAGGUUCCUCCACGGACCCUAACAAGGGUGGUCAUGCGCGCUGGAUCGUCAACGAUGGAGAAGACGGUGUUUUCGAUGCUGUUAUUGCGACUGUUGGCACGUGCGGAACCCCCAAGUGGAUCGAUUUCCCUCACAAGGACAAAUUCAAAGGCAGACUUCUCGUCAGUGCAACACACCGUUCGGCUUGACUCGGCGUCAAUAACUGUAAGGCUGACUUGGCACAUGCUCCGCCUCUCCUUCCACAGCACUCUUCUCAACUUGACUCGAUAGGUGAUUUGAAGAGCAAGAAAGUCGUCGUCCUCGGCUCAGGCGCCUCGGGCGUGGAAGCCGCCGAGCUAGCCGUGUCCAAACAGGCGUCCGAAGUCGUCGUGCUCGCCCGAACGGACAAGUGGGUCAUUCCACGAUCGACCGUGUUCGACGUUCUCCUUUCCCUCCAACCUUUCGGUCGCGAGAUGGUGAGUUGUGCCGAUGCGUCUCAUCGAUCACACAAGCCCUGACGGGCAAACUGGACCGACUCGCAGCCCCUAUCUUUCAUCCCUGAAUGGUUCAUUCGCUCGUUCCACUACCGAGACCUGGUCAACCUGUCUCCGAAGAGGAAAGGUAUUUUCGAAGGGUGAGCCCCGUAUUACGUCGAACCUUGACGUCGACUAGCUCGAUGCUGAAACGGUUGAUUGCUCACAGUACCCCCAUCGUCAACAACGACUUUUUGGAUCACAUUCGAGAAGGCAAGAUCGCGUACAAGCGAGGCGACACGCAAGAAUUCACUGCGCAAGGUGUGCGCUUCAGUGAGCGAGAGAGGGAUCAGGAUAUUGGGGAAGAAGGCAUUGAUACCGUCGUGACUGCGGAUAUCGUUGUCUUUGCGACUGGAUGUGAGUUGUGUUGAUCGCUUCCUGCGUGUGUGAGUGGGGGGGGGGGGGGGGGGGCACUGACCUGGUCGUCACGAGUUUUGCAGAUGAACGCCCGAGCAUCGAUUUCCUUCCCAAGGACUUGUUCCCGUAUGUGUCUUCCUUGAACAUUUGAAUGGAGCGUGAGUCUGACCAGAUGUACCGAUUAUUCUGUAAUAGUGUCGAGGGUGCCCGAGACUACCAGCCGCCGAACCUUUACAUCCAAAUGUUCUCUACCGAGGAUUGCAGUGUUCUUCUGACCAACGCGGCCUAUCUCGACGCAAUGUAAGCACCUCGACCCUACUCUGCUGAACAUACAGCGUGACUUACGGAGCUUCAACCGCUCUCGCAGUGGCACGGUCGGCUCAUUCCACAUCGGCGUAUUCGCUCGCGUCCUGAUGCUCUUCCUACUCGACAAGCGUACUCGACCGUUGCCCAAAUCAAUGAAGACCUGGAUCGACGUGAUCAAUUGGAUCAAGCGCACCGCCUUCGGCGAGCACGGCACUUCGGGUUUGGCGUUCUUCACUUAUGCCGAACUGCUCAUUUGGCUUGUGUAAGUACUGUUCUGGCGCGAAAUGUGCGGUUGGGAUGAUGGAACUGACGCGAUGACCGGGGAUGACGAGCACAGGGUCUUCCAUUUCUUCAAGCUCGCUCGAUUGGCUUGGAUGCCUUUCGUGCUCUUUGGCUGUAAGUUUUUGCUCGAGUACUUCUCCUACGUUCUUUCUUGGAAACUGACGAUGAACUGAACGGUCAUGAAAAAGGGGGCGUGAAACCGACGAUGAGCCGCAAGUACGUCCACACGUGA